UGGGAGGGCUGGAGACGUGCUUUGCAUUGGCAGGCUGAUGAGGACACGUGUCUCCUCCCUGCCUCCCCCUCCGGGCUCCACGGUACCGCAUUGGCAUCAGUAAAGGCACCUGAAAACCCGACGACCGACUCCUGGAAGCGCUGCCUGCCACCUUAUAACCCGCACGAAAACGAUAUUAUAGGCCCUACAGAAACCUGUGGCUCGCCUUUCUUCGUGCGUAAAGCUUUUGCGCACACCGCCGAACUGCCUCAGAGACUGAAUAGGUGCGCUAUACUCGUCGAGCAUCAGAGCGCAGUGCCAAGAUGCAGAAACGGAGCAGCGACGUCUGAAGGUGACAUGAACCUGAGGAUAAUCAAGAGCAGCAGGCGUACACUGAACAAGAAGUGGAGAUAGCAACUGAAAGGAAAAAAACAAACGUCGGUGUCUUGAAACAAAAACUUGCGCUUUUCCUCUGAUGCAGAGAACCAAGAGCUGUCAUCCAAAGUAGCCUCACGUUUUUACUGACUGGAGGAGAGAGCACACACUAAUUAAGCUGCAGACAGUUGAGAUUCAGGAGAGGAGCGAAAAAUGGCGACGUUAAUCAGAAGCAAGCUUUCUAAUAAACUGUCAAAUGCAGCCACCGCCGUCUCCAACAAAUCCCAGGCGAAGGUGAGCGGCAUGUUCGCCAGGAUGGGGUUCCAGGCCGCCACCGACGAGGAGGCUCUGGGCUUCGCCGCCUGCGAUGACCUGGACUACGACCACCGGCAAGGCAUGCAGAUGGACAUUUUGACAACCGAUGAGAUGGGAGGAGAGGGGAGCGGAGAUGGAGGCGGGCUGGAGGGGGACAGCCACUACCAGAGGGACGGCACCGGUCCGCCGCACUCAGCCUCAAAAGACGGAGAACCGGCGAACGAGCUGUCUGAAGUCAGACCAAAAAUCACCGCAUGGGAGGCGGGCUGGAACGUCACGAAUGCAAUCCAGGGGAUGUUUGUUCUCGGGUUGCCCUACGCCAUCCUGCACGGAGGAUACCUCGGACUCUUUCUCAUUAUUUUCGCCGCCGUUGUGUGCUGUUACACGGGGAAAAUCCUCAUUGCCUGCCUGUACGAGGAGGACGAAGACGGGCAGCUCGUCCGUGUGAGGGACUCCUAUGUGGACAUUGCCAACGCCUGCUGCGCGCCCAGAUUCCCGUCUUUAGGUGGCCAUGUUGUGAAUGUAGCCCAAAUCAUAGAGCUAGUGAUGACCUGCAUCCUGUACGUGGUGGUCAGCGGCAAUCUCAUGUACAACAGCUUCCCCAACAUGCCAAUAUCCCAGAAGUCGUGGGCCAUCAUCGCCACCGCCGCCCUGCUCCCGUGCGCCUUCCUCAAGAACCUGAAAGCCGUCUCCAAGUUCAGCUUGCUGUGCACACUGGCCCACUUUGUCAUCAACGUCCUGGUGAUAGCAUACUGCCUCUCCAGAGCGAGGGACUGGGCCUGGGACAAGGUCAAGUUUUACAUCGAUGUCAAGAAGUUCCCCAUCUCCAUUGGGAUUAUCGUGUUCAGCUACACCUCGCAGAUCUUCCUGCCGUCCCUGGAGGGGAACAUGCAGAAACCCAGCGAGUUCCACUGCAUGAUGAACUGGACUCACAUCGCUGCCUGCAUCCUCAAGGGCCUGUUCGCCCUGGUGGCCUACUUGACCUGGGCUGACGCCACCAAGGAGGUCAUCACAGACAACCUGCCCCCGACCAUCAGAGCUGUCGUCAACCUCUUUCUAGUGGCCAAAGCUUUGCUGUCGUAUCCGCUGCCGUUUUUCGCUGCUGUCGAGGUAUUAGAGAAAUCAUUUUUCCAGGACGGAGGACGCGCGUUCUUCCCAGAUUGCUACGGAGGCGAUGGACGCCUAAAAUCCUGGGGACUUUCUCUGCGAUGUAUCCUUGUUGUGUUCACCUUGCUCAUGGCCAUCUAUGUGCCACACUUCGCCCUCCUCAUGGGUCUCACUGGCAGCCUGACAGGUGCGGGCCUGUGCUUUCUGCUUCCCAGUCUCUUCCACCUCAGGCUUUUAUGGAGAAAGCUGCUAUGGCACCAGGUUUUCUUUGAUGUUGCCAUCUUUGUAAUAGGAGGUAUAUGCAGCAUAUCUGGGUUUAUCCACUCCAUGGAAGGGCUCAUAGAGGCUUUCAAAUACAACAUAGAAGAUUAGAUGCAAGCCAUUGCUGGAACUAGAUGUUAAAUGCAAACCCCCCAUUUAGUGAGAAAAAAUUAAAAACACACAACCUCCCCGGCAAGCGCAGCCCCCCUCUGCUUGAUUCAUGCGUAAAAAGCGCGCACACAACACAUUUCCGCGCUCAUACAGUCGUGUAUUGAUUCAGAAAAAACGCGCGCACACACACAGACACACACUUACACACACAGAGAAAUAGAGCCGAUGGCAGUGAGGGAAUCCAGUGCAUCCACUACACACUAUAUGGACAAUACAUGUUGUAUAAAUAUGCGAACAUAUACAUAUUUUCCAGUGGAGUGAACGUUUACAAUAUUGACCUUAAACUAAAUUUGCAACAAAGGGCAGUUUGUCUUGUCGUCGCUCUUGUGGUGCUUCCCCACAUGAGACUUCACUUCAUGUAACGCUAGAGUUUGUGAUGGACGGACUUUCGACAGCAUAACGUGAUUUAAGAUAAGUUUAUUUCAAAAAGAGAAAAUUAACAUUAAGAAAUGCCACUUUCGUCUAUAGGUAAUUUGCAAUAUGAUGCAGUGAAUGUGGUGUUUAAAAUCCAGAAACAAAACAAAAAAAAAAGCCUGGUGGACACACAAUAACACAAUGGCAAUAACCAGCAGUAGAAACACACAUAUAGAAAUAUGUAAAAGAAAAAGCGGAGUUUCGUUAGACAUGUGGAAAUUGGACCUUUCUUCCUUCCCCUCCCCCUGAGCAGUUUGAAAUACUGGAAAUGCAAAAUAUCAAAGUACACAGCAGCUAUACAAACUAUGCAUUGAAUGUAUGAUAUUUCAGACACACAAAACAUAACGAAACUGGGAAGUGGAAAUGAAACAAAUCCUCCAAAUUUCGAUUCUUCUGCGUUAAAAUGUUAAAUGCUUUGAUAUUUGUUUUCUCCAAUAUUUGAAAUUUAUUUUACUGAGCUUUGAAAAUCGGCACCAGACCUGGGAUACUCCCCUGCAGCCCCUGGCCCAAAUUUCAGCUAUAAGAUGGGGACCCCAAAUUGAAAUCCUGCACACUUGAUUAACCAUAAUGCUUUUUUUCAUUACAUUUAAAAAGAAACACGUGGCCUGUUAUGAAAUUAAUUUCCCGUCUAGAAAAUUCGGUGUCUGAAAAUCUAACUAAUAAAAAAAUAAAGAGAUCACUUAAAGAGGAAAAUGUGCAUACAGACAUUUUUCAUUCUGUGCAAUCCAAUGGGUCCUGUGGAAAUGUUAUAAAACCGUAUGUGUAGUGUGUUAUUGUGGUUUCAAAAAGAUGGAAUGUAUAUCUCAAAGUCGUUAUCAUAUAUCGUGAAAUUAAUAUUAAAGAAUAAAGACAUAAGUGAAAUUAUAUUGUAAAAAUGUGUGUGGUUUUAUGUAAAACGAAAAACGUUCAGAACAUGUAUUUUUUUCUCUAUAAUAAAAGACAGAAAAUGAUGGAGAAAAUAGUCGCAGUCAUAUUUUUUUUCCCCAAAUCGAAAUUCAGGUAAAUUGAAAUCGUGUAAAGGCUGUGAAGGCCUCAUGGCAUGCAAUAUAUAUGCAAUAUACAUAUAUAUAUAAUGCAUGGGUUUGUGUGAGAGGGGACGGGGUCGACACACGCCCUCUCUUCCAAAUCCUUUUACAAAUCCUAUACAUUUUUCUCUAUAUAUCAUAUAUAGAUAUUGAGAGCAUGCAUGUUGUGACCGGGCCUUGCCUCCCUGUAUGCUCUGAUGAAAAUCAUCCCGACAGAUUUCCUGCUGCAGGCAGGCUCCAGGCCUUAUGGUCGACCUGUUCAUCCACUGUGUUGAUUUUUCUGCGCAGUCAACAUCUGGACAGAGCGUUUAUUCUCUGAGUGGGCUAAUCUCCAGCUGUUGAAACAUCAAGCUACCCGGUGCAUACCAAUGCGCUCAUGGUGAAUCCACCCUAAACCACUGGCGGCUUUAAAGGGGCCAGUUCACAUGCAACGAAACUAUAGGGAGAAGGAAACAAAUAGUGUUUGUGAUUUUUGAUUAAAUUUGAUGUGAUUACCGGAUUAACAGCUGAGAAGCGCACGCAGAUUCAUCCUAAACACGCAUAUCAUUGCAGGGAAAGCAACGUCUUUAAUAAUCUGGUUAUAGCGCAGACUUUAGCCUCAGUUUAAUGUGCAAAAUAAAACCUGAUUGAAAUAAUUCUGCCAUUUUUCUGCCACAAGGAAACCUGUUAGUAUUUCUAUCUGUCAGAAAAAGCUAACAAUUCAUAGCCAUAACAGAUUAAACUUAAAGCAGCAAAAGAAAAUAGCUUCAUAUAAAUAAAGUCAUGAACUAGACGAAGGAAUUCUGCUAACAAACAAUAAUACAAAUUUCCUUCUAUAAUCAUCUCAGACAGCUUUACUGAACAUUAUCAUGCCUCGGGAGCCACCUAGUGGACAGAAGAGCUAUUGUUUAAACACAGAAACAUUACAGCAGGACUGUGUUGUCAGAGAUACGCACCUUGCAGGCAGUGUUGGGAAGGUUACCUCUAAAAUGUAAUAGAUUACAGACAGGGGCGUAAAUACAGACAGUGCAGGCAGUGCCACCAUGGAGUUACACUUGUGCUCAAAGAAGUCACAUUAAAUUAAAAAUGGUGCCAUUUGCUUUGGGCUAUAUGCCCUCAAAAAUGCAACCCCAUCUCCAUCAUUAUUUUCCUUUCUUCUGUUGUAAAAUAGUCAGCAGCAGUCUAAAACCAAAUUAUAUACUUAUUCUACAUGAACUAGAAAAACUAUGAAUGUACUACAUCCUCGUGAGACCCUGCGUCCUUGUAUGACGACAUCACAUUUUGGGUUUACUGGACCUAAUACUUCAUUCUACCUUACUUUAGUAAGACCACAAUACACUUAUCCAUGUGAAAACAAGAUGGCAGCUACCUCUGCCAAGUCAGUCUGCAGCCGAUCCAGACCUAAAAGUGGACAAGUCCAAAACCUGAUCAAAUUUUAUGACUGAAACUUGUUUAUGAUCAAUGUUUGUAGUUUGAUAUGGCAACAAAUUUGACCAAUUUUAGCAACAGUAACAAGCUAAGACACUUUUAAUUAGGGGGACUCAUUUGAAGACAUUGGGACUUGAUUAUCGUUGACAAUGUUUUUUAUACUUAUCAGGUCCUACUGAUCCCAAAUAGCUAGGAGAAAUUAAAAAUGCAUGCCAAACAAAAAUGUAGGUCUCAGGAGGAUAUGUGUAAAAAAAAAUCUAUUCAAUUAAACGAAUAAUAUAUUAUUUAGUUUUAUAUUUUUGCAGUGAUGAUUACUGGGUAACAUGCAUGUUGAUGUCGCCUAGUGUCAAAGUCUAUUUGAUCAUGUGACAAGAUGAUACCAUACAGGAGCCUGUUUUAGGUGCAAAAUCUGUCAAGACUGAUUCAAGCUGAGCUCAUCUGCAAGUCAAGUGAGCAGUCAUGUCUAUUAAUUAUGAAAGCGGCAGUAAGAACGGACAAGAGAAAAAUGAACAGGAGGAAAAAGAAGCAGAGCUCCCUAAAUUAGAUUCUUCUAGCAUUUCUAUGAACAGCUGCCGUUGGUGUGUGAGUGCACCUUAUAACUAUUAAGAAGUGUGCACUGGGGCCUGUGGUAACUACUUACACCACUGACUACAGACUUCUAGUGACUCUCUUAAAGCUGUAGUUAGUAAUGUAACUAUUUUAAUUAUUUCAUCAGAGUGAUGCAACUUAUUGCAUUUGAUUACUUUCCUAACAAAUGAUUUAAACUGGGCAACAAAGCUGAAAUAUGUCUGGAAAUAUGCUCUGCAGAAGAAGACAAUCAUGAACAGUGAAAAGAUGCAAAGCAACAGAGGGAAUGUUUUAUUCUACAUGUCACCUUUUUACUGAAAGGAAUAUAGUUGAAUUAAACCCCUUUGUAAUCACCAACAUAUUUGUCAGUAAGUGUAACUUAAUAACUGUAAUUGAUUGCAAUUACAUCUAUUUUUUUAAACGUAGCUACAUGUAAUUAGUUACUCCCAAACAUUGUAGGCAUAAUGUAUGCUUUACCAUUUUUAUUCACCUUUAAUCAUGUUGGGAAGUUAUUCUUUUGUUUGAAUAACUGUUAACCUUUUAACUGGCGUCCAAGGCACCAAUUUAGUGUAAUAUUUUUUAUUUUAUUACAUUAUUCAGUCACUGCCUCUAGUUAGUUUCUCAACAGGAAAAAAGCCUCUUAAUUCUUAAUCCUUCUUAUUAAACAAACAAAAAAAGCAAUCUGGUAUUAUUUCAUAUUUAUCAGUUUAAAAAGAUCCAUUUCCACACUUAUUUAUGAUGCAAUCUUACUUUUUAUCCUUUUUAAUUCACUUGCAAAAAAAAAAAAAAAAAAAAAAACAUGACGUAAGCCAAAA